CACAAAACCCACCACCACCCAACUUGGGAAUUCUCAGUUGCUUUGUAUAUGAUCUACUUGUGGCCAAACUCUCUGCUUCUUGCGGCCAUAUACGGUGCGAUAGAGUCUGGUUCUUCUGCGAUCUUUGGCCCCAUUGUGGGACAAUGGAUCGAGGGACUGGACUACGUUAAAGUUCUUAGACUCUGGCUCUUAUGUCAGAACCUCUCCUACAUCAUUGCUGGUGGUGCAGUCAUCAAGUUGCUACUAGAUUACGAUCUUAAACCCCGGAACAUCCCGGACUUUGCAACCUUGGUUGCGUUGACAAAUGUUGCUGGGGCCAUUGGUGUGCUUUCCACACUUGGUGGCACCAUUCUGAUCGAACGAGACUGGGCUGUGGUUAUGUCGGAAGGUCAUCCACCAGCGGUAUUGACAAGAAUGAACUCUGUCAUUAGAGGCAUUGAUUUGAGCUCAAAGCUAUUGUCUCCAGUCACCACCGGUCUCAUCAUUAGCUUUGUCUCACUGAAGGCAUCAGCCAUCACUUUUGCAUUUUGGGCCACUAUAACCGCUUGGGUUGAGUAUUGGCUCUUCAUAUCUGUGUAUAGUGGUGUUCCUGCGAUGGCACAAAGCAAUGAGAGACGGAUCUUGCGUUCCAUAACAAAGCCAGUAGAAGGAACAGAUGCACAUGUUUCUGUCUCUAUUGUUCCGGGGACUGAGGAAGGAAACCCUCCUCGUAGAACCGGAAUGCUGAAGCUUCUUGAUAGGAUAUCCACGUCCUCUUUUGUUGGCGCGUGGAGAAUUUAUAUCAAACAAGAAGUUGUACUCCCAGGGGUUUCACUAGCUCUCUUGUUCUUCACUGUCCUCAGGUUACCUUUAUCUUUGUAUUUUGGAUUUGUUCAUAUGAAUGGUUCUCAAGUGGAUGUCAAGUUUUCUGUUGCGAGUUAUGGGGUAUUCUUUACUCCCUUGAAAAAAAAUAAGACCAUUACACAGAACAAGAACAAUGGCACAGCAAAGAACGAGAAACUCAAUUAUUUUCUUACCCUUUUGCAAAGGAUCUGGAGGUCGAGAAGAGAGCAUCCCUAG